AUGUUGAAACUACAGGGUAAAAUACGUCAAUGUGAAUCACGGAUUAAAACUCCUAAAAAGUCAAAAAACACCAACUUAAAGUUACGACUUCCAGAAGCAACCAUUGCAAAACCAACAUUCACUCAUAUGGCUAUCAAAGUUUUGGUAGAUGAAGGAUAUGUUCGACAUGUCGUUUCUCAAAAUGUUGAUGGCUUACAUGUGCGCAGUGGUUUAAAUCGUGAAAAACUUUCGGAGCUACAUGGUAAUUUAUUCAUUGAACAAUGCAUCGCUUGUGAACACACUGUUUUUCGGACUUUUGACGUUGCCGAAACAACUUCUCGUUCACACCAUUAUACUGGACGCAUUUGUCCUCGGUGUCGUAAUUUACACCCUGUUGAAAGUACAAUAGCCAGUGAUAUACUAAAGAAAACAGCCGAACAUUUGGCAGUAUCUAAAUACAAGAAAAAUGUAUCAAAUGAAAAUCUUAUGUUGAGUUACCGAUAUGCUGCAAGAAAAUUAGCCAAAUCUUUUGAAGGUGUACGUCUUAAAGCAGUGGAACAUUUACGCAAUACUCAAAAGUCUGAGAUGCUGACGGACUCAGUUCUUACGAAGGCACCUUUACUAAGAGAUGUUGUUGUACACUUUUUUGAACGACAACCAGAGAUGGGGUUAACAGAAAUAUAUCGCAUUCGAUCAGCGAUCGAAGCUGUACAUGGCCGUAAAGUUCUUCAAGAUGCUGUCAAUGCCACUUCGAAUGACCGUAAACCUUUGAAUCAUGGAUGCAAACGUUCCCACGAAGAGUCAACAAAAUAUCUCAUUGGAUCCCCAUGGUUUAAAAGAAUGCGUCCUGCUAUGAAGAUGGAAUGUCAGGAUUUUUGUAAAACAUCAGAGGCAGUUGAUUUAAAACCUAUCUCUCCAGAUUCUCUGGAUACUCCUGCUAAAUUAAUUGUUGUUGUUGGUUCAUCUUUAACUGUUUUGCGCAAUUAUUCAUUUUUAUGGCCUUAUGGCCUUGGAAGGUGCGGUCAACUAAGUUCGUCGAGCAAACAUAAAAAGAAACCCACAUGUGUUGAUUCUGUUUUCAAACCGACUUCAAUCCCUGAUACCCCUGAAAAUUGUCGGUUGGUUAUUAUCAAUUUACAACCAACGUGCAAAGAUGUGGUUGCUGAUUUGGUACUUCGAGUUCCUUGUGAUGAACUAUUUCGCGUUAUUAUGUCAGAUCACUUGGAAAUAGAUGUUCCACAAUAUGACCACAGGCAUGAUCCUCUUUAUUCAAUCGGUCUUUCUUUAUCUCCAGAAGAAGAAUGCACACGUACUCGUUUGAACAUCCCAUUUUCUUCUGUAUAA